AUUCUGCAGAAGAAGUUAUGCCAAUAGCUCAAGAAUCAGAGGGUAUGGAAGUAGAGGAAAGGGCGAAUGGGCACGAGGCUGAAGCUAAAACAGCAAGUGUUGCAAAGAACUCUGCUGAUGUGCAAGGAGCAGUGAAAGACAUGAAAAAGAAAAAACAGAACAAGCGUCUGAAGGACAUGGAGAAACGCUUCUCAGCAAAGGAAGUGGAUCUCAUGGAUGCUUAUACAGAGAAGCCUGUUAAGGAGGAGGUAAAUACAGAAUAAUUCAUUUGAAUCAGAAACUGUUAACUUGUAUUCUUCUUAAAGGAGGUGGGUAAAUGUCUAUCUAGUGUAUUUAAUAAGGCAGGUUUUAAAUUGAAAAAAAUUGUCAAUUGCAAUUUGCGAGUAAUUCCUAAAAUUUAGGAGCAAGUUCAAAAAUUUUAGUUGCAAAAGUAACCUACUUCUACCAGAACCCGAAAUUAGAAACACAGAUUUCCUAGAAAUUUCAGAAGUGUUACAUGAUGUACCGUAAUUUCCAGCUGUUUACUCGCAUGGCUGAUUACCUGCACCGGCUGAUUACCCGCACCGGAUGAUUAUCGCAUGCAGCGAAAAAAAAAGUCGACAGAUUACCAGCACUGAUGGAUAACCUGCACCUUAAAAACAAAGGAAAUUUGUACAAAUGUGCUCUAGAACUCACAACGUUGCAUACCUGACAGAAUGUGAAUUCGUGGCCACAUUUUGUGUGAAUGAUCGUUCGGCGCCAUGUUGAUUUCUCAAAAAAAUUGAUAUCUCUGA